AUGUACAGACGACAACAACAACAACAACAACAACAGCAUAUGGACGAGGAGGAGAAGGAGGGUGUACAAAGGAUGGAUGACGACGAGGAGCAGGGCGUGCAAAUGACAGAGGACGACAACGAGGAGCCAGGCAUGCAAACGACGGACCAUGACGACGACGGGGGUGUGCAAACAAUGGAUGACAACGAGGAGGGCCUACAAAUGACAGAUGGCAAUGACAAAGACACUAUGAGUGCCCACCACCCACACCUGUCGACAAGGCUCAAUAGCCCACCCUCACUGCCCACCACCCCUUCCCCUCUACCUCACUGCCCACCACCCCCUGCCCCUCUACCUACUGCCCACCACCCCUCUCCUUCACUGCCUACCACCCCUCCCCCUCUCCCUCAUUACCUACACUCCCUUCUUCCCUCCCUCAUUGCCCACCACCCCUUUCCCCCUCCCUCAUUGCCUACCACCCCUUUCCCUUCUCCCUCAUUGAUUGCCCACCACCCCUUUCCCUUCUUCCUCAUUGGCCACUACCCCUCUCCCCUCUCCCUCAUUGGCCACCACCCCCACCCCUCUUCCUCACUGCCUACAACCUCCCUCCCUCAUUCCCUCCCCCUUCCCUUUAUUUAG